GAAAAAUGAGAGAAAAAGAACUCAAAACAUCAUACAACAUCCCACCAAACCCUUCUCGCCAUUUGCCUUUCAACUUUUCCUUUUAAACAUUUCCAACAUUCCGGCCAAUAAUUAAAUUAAUUAAUUAAAUUUCAACCCCUAAUCACGACCAAAACGCUGUGUUUUAACAAAAAAGUUAAAAACAGAGUGAAACAAAUGUCACCGGCGGCGGGACCACUGUCACCGUCCUCCGAUGUAGCUCCGGCUAUAUCACCGGCAUUUACCGGUACCGGAAUUCUUACACCGGCACAGAAGGACAAGGUGAUCGAAUGGUACAGAGGCGAGUUCGCGGCGGCGAACGCGAUCAUCGACGCCUUAUGCCACCACCUUGUCCAGAUCACCGGGGGUGUUGGUGGAGGUGCCGAUAUUCCUGCGGAUUACGAAGCCGUUUUCGCUGCUGUUCAUAGGAGGAGGCUGAACUGGAUCCCUGUGCUUCAGAUGCAGAAGUAUUUCACUAUUUCUGAUGUGGCUCAUGAGCUUCGGAAAGCCGCGGCGAGGAGAGAGAAAGUUGCGGCGAUGGAGGUGGUGACGGUGGAAGAGAAGGAAGAAGUCGUGGUGGAGGUGGAGGUGGACAAAGAGGUGGCGAUUGAUAGUGACGGUGUUAAAUGUAAUGGUGUUGGUAAUGGUUGUGUGAGCAGUGAAGGCGAAGAUUCACCUGAUAGUGAAAUCACUGACACAGGUUCUCAAGAAGUACAGCCAAUUCUUGAUCACAUUGAAAUUUGUGAAAAUCAUGAAGACUGUGCUUCUCGUCGUGAGCAGAUCAAAUUGACAAAAGGUUUCGUAGCCAAGGAGCCAGUGAAAGGGCACAUGGUAAAUGUCGUUAAAGGCCUGAAGAUGUACGAAAACAUAUUUACUGAUCAAGAGCUUUCUAAGAUCAAUGAUUUCGUGGACGAGCUCCGUGUUUCUGGACAAAAUGGUGAACUCUUAGGUGAAACAUACAUGUUGUUCAACAAACAGAUGAAGGCUAACAAAAGGGAGCAGAUUCAGCUUGGUGUCCCAAUAUUUGGACAAAUAAAAGAGGAGAUAACUCAGCAGCAAAAGACUAAUAUCGAACAUAUACCAGCUUUUCUUCAUAGCGUUAUUGAUCACCUCGUUCAGUGGCAAGUAUUACCAGAGAACAGAAAACCUAAUGGUUGCAUCAUAAACUUUUUCGAUGAGGGAGAAUAUUCUCAGCCCUUCCUUAAGCCACCUCAUUUGGACCAACCUCUUUGUAGUCUAAUACUCUCUGAAUCAACAAUGGCAUUUGGACGUACCCUUGUGAAUGAUGGUGAUGGCAACUACAAAGGGCAACUCAUGCUUUCUGUGAAACAAGGGUCACUUCUAGUGAUGAGGAACAACAGUGCUGACAUGGCAAGACAUGUGAUGUGUACAUCAGCAAGCAAAAGGGUAAGCAUAACAUUCUCAAGAGUCCGUCCUGACAGUCUCCAGAACCAGCAUUCAACAGCAAUGAGUCAUGUACCACAUCAAGCCAUGACACUGUGGCAACGCCAAAUGGCAAACCCGCAAACAUUAUUAACCAAUAAUAAUAAUGGAGAUAACAAUACGAUGGAUAUGAUACCAAAAUGGGGUGUUAUGCAAGCACCAGUAGUAAUGUUAGCUCCAAUGCGUCCUGUUAUAAUGAACCCAAGAAGAAUGCCACGUGGUGGUACAGGAGUGUUCUUGCCAUGGACAGUUGGGUCAAGGAAACCAGCAAAACAUCUCCCACCAAGAGCACAAAAGGGAAGAUACCUUUCAUUCUCAAGGGUUGAAGAUCAUGUUUCAGAUACCAUGUCAGACCCUGGUGUGGAAGGAAGGAUUAUGUGAUGUCAUGUCAUGUGAUGAUUAAUUUUAUGGAAGUUAAAAUUCGGGCAGCAAAUUGUACAAACAAGGUAUACGAUGCUGCUUAUGCCGACUCGAUCGAUCUUUAGUCAUUUUUAUUUGGAUUGGUUAUCCUUUUUUCGAUUAGAUUUAGGUAAUGUAGUAGUCAUUGUUCUUUUGUACCCUUUGUUAAUUUCUGCAAUGGUUUUCGGGUAGGGCUUUUGGUGGGUUUAAAAAGCAUUGAGUUUGAGUAUUCAGAGUUGAGUUUGGGUGAUCGAGUCUGUAUCAAUGGCGGGAUUUUGUAUCUAUAUUUCUGAGCAUUGGCUUUCA